UGUUAUUCGUUGUUAUACCAAACCAAACCCCUAAGAGGCCCUAACUAGCUAACUAUUUUCUUUCUUUCUUCUUCGCCGGGAAAGAUGGGAGUGGCUGUUUAUUUGGACACCAUUUUCGUCCCUUUGAGUCUUUUCAUCACAGUGGGUUACCAUGUCUAUCUUUGCCACACCAUCAAGAACAAACCUUCACGUACAACUUAUGGAAUCAGUAAGAAGAGAAGGACAGAUUGGAGUCUCAACUUAAAUCAGAUAUUUGUCUUUGUCAUAGUGCAGGGUGAUGCCAGCAAAGCUAUGUUGACGGUGCAAAGCUUGAGGAACACUCUUAUGUCCACAAUACUCACAGCUACUAUAACCAUUCUUAUUAACUUGGGUUUGGCAGCUUUGACCAACAACACCUACAAUGCUAGCCAUCUUUUUAGCAGUGGAUUUUUUGGGUCAAAGUCAGAUAAAAUCUUUGUUUUAAAGUAUGGAUCGGCAUCAAUUUGUUUGGUGAUGAGCUUCAUGUUCAGCUCCAUGGCCAUAGGAUAUCUGAUUGAUGCCAAUUUUCUGAUGAAUGCAUAUGGAGAGUUUUUGUCCGGGGGUUACACACAAACAAUAUUAGAAAGAGGGUUCACCUUAGCUCUUGUUGGUAAUAGGGUGCUUUGUGUUGCUGUUCCUUUGAUGUUAUGGAUGCUGGGUCCAGUGCUAGUACUUUUAGCUACCUUGGUGUUGGUUUUUGUGUUGCAUGAGUUUGAUUUUGUCUGCAAAUUCCCAGACAACAAUAAGCAAUGUAUCAUAAAAUAGCCUAGCUAGGUACAGCAAUAUAUAUGUAGAGGUUGAGUUAAAAAAAUCUUGUUGAAAUUUGAAAUGUAUGAUCAACUUCAUCUUCUAGUAACUGACCAAUAUGUGAGUGAGGAUUUGUUUUGGUGUCAGGUGCAUGGGAUUGAAAAUAACAAGUUAUAUUUUCCAUUUA